AUGCGCCGCUUCGAAAGAAUCUACGAUGUGGUAGAGCCUGUUGAAGAGUAUCGUCAUGGGGGGUAUCAUCCUGUGCACCUUCACGAUGUAUUUUACCAACGCUACAAAAUCAUUGGGAAGCUAGCUUUUGGCCAAUACUCAACGGUAUGGCUCGCAAAGGAUCAAAAGAUGCUGGUAAUACCUCGAAUAGACUCGCAACAGGUCGUAUUGAAGAUACUAAAGGCAGAAAAUUCCGACCACAAUAGGGAGCUUUCUAUCCUUCUGACCCUGUCAGAUUCCGACGUGGAACACGCGGGAAAGAGACAUGUGGUUGAACUUCUAGACUAUUUUUAUCAUACAGGACCAAAUGGAAACCACUUGUGCCUUGUUUUCCCGCUGAUGACAUCCGAUGGGGAAGCAAUGACAAUCAGCGGGAACCCGCAAGAAGCAGGAUAUCUUCGGGCUAUCUCUCGCCAACUUUUGCUGGGUCUUGACUUUCUUCACCAGUCAGGCAUCGUUCAUUGUGAUCUCCAACCGGCAAACAUUCUGUUCUCAGUUGCUGGAACUAUGGAUAUGGAGGCCUUGUUACAGCCCCCCGAGUUCAGCUCAGUUAAGUGGCGAGAAGGGAUGAGCGAAGAUAACAGUGCCCCCAAAUAUUUAAUGCCCACCCAAAGGCGCCGGGGACAAUUGAGUAAGGCGCAUUUCUCAACGCUUGAGGUUAGGAUCGGGGAUCUGGGCGGAGCCAGAUUUGCUAAGUCGUCACGGGCAAUAUCAGCUCAAUAUGUCCAACACUGGGACCAAAAACCAAUAACACCUCUGGGGUUGCGUGCACCUGAGCUGAUGCAACGACAUACCGAUGGUAUUGCCGUUGACAUUGCCAUAGAUAUCUGGACCUUAGGUUGCUUGGCAUGUUAUGAAACUCCUCCCCGUGGAAACUCAGACUUUCGUUCUAAUUCUUCUGCGAAGAUAUUCGAACUUGCAACGAACGAGCCAUUGUUCCCUCUGGAUACAUUCGGCCUCACACGAGAGGAGAUAGACAAUGACCAUUCUUCUUUUAUUGAGCAAAGACUCGGUUCGAACAACCAGAAGAAUGGGGACUUCAAAUUAUACCUGAGAGAUAGGCUACCGGAGAAAUUUGGUGCUGAGAAUAUAGAGACUCUCACAUCGUUCCUUUCCCUUAUGUUGCAGAAAGACCCUCGCGACCGAUUACAGGCAGAAAAGUUACUUCGGAGUCCUUUCUUGACGGAUGGAUACUCGCAUUGA